AUGCCCAAACACGGAAUAAAUCGCCAAGCCUUAGGCUAUUCCUUCUAUGGUCAAGCCAAGACGUCCAGAAGUGGGUCCGUCAUCUCCGCUCCGAUUGGCUCAUGGGGUACUGCCUUGUCCAAACCUCGCUCCCAGUCUCUGAGAAUUCAACCCUGUGCAUCCCCUCUUUCGAAUUCCGAUCUCUUCAUCGUGCUGCUCGGAACCAUGGCGACUAUCGAUAUUGACCCCGAUGGUGACCUCAUCAUCGAGAUCGAAGAACAACGACUUCGAAUCUCCUCUAAAGUCAUCUCUCUGGCAUCCCCAGUGUUUUGUGCAAUGCUCAGAUCAGGUUUCAAAGAAGGAACUUCGCAGGCCAUGACGAGUGAUCCUCGCAUCAUCCCUUUGCCAGAGGAUGACCUUGAGGCUUUCAAACUUGUCUGUAGAGUCAUCCAUUUCCAACUUGACCAGAUUCCACAAGAGCUUAAAAUCGACGCCCUGGAAAAACUGGCCUUGGUCUGUGACAAAUAUCAAUGCACCGUUGCAAUGAGGCAUUGUGCAGCACUAUGGCUACAGAGACUAUCAGACAGUUACCUCGCCGCUGAGCUGAAUAAGCAAUUGCUGGUGGCAUACCUCUUGGAUCUCCCUACCGCAUUUUCGGACAUUUCAUGGAGAUUGAUGCAGGCACAAGCCGGGCCAUUCGAAGCAUUGCCAGGUCUGACGGACCACCCUACUGUGCCGUGCUCUUUGCUGGGUUGGUCGAACUGUAACCCAUCUAAUGGUCCAGGUAUGCUUACGUGCGUAGAUGUGCUCAAUAGCAGGAGAGUCGAGAUCAAUCGCAAGAUGGAGAGAAUUCUAAUGUACCCAGUCUCGCGUCUCUUGGGUUGUUCCUGUCGGGCAUCAUCCGACGGAGUGACAAAGUAUCUCUCCAACCUCCGGACUCAGCAAAUUGCUCCCUACGAGGAUGGCUUCGAGAGCCUGAGCUUGCUUAAAGUGGUCGACAAAGUCUCGAAUUUACCAAACAGCCUGGCGGGAGAGUUGUCUUGCUCGAAUAGCUCAUAUUCCCGCUGCGAACUCGCUACAUCCCGAGAUGGCACAAUGAAGAAAAAGCUAACAAAGGAUCUUUCCAGCUUAAUGGAUUCUGAACCUGGUCUUUGCCUGGAUUGUGUGAAGACUGGGCGGAAAUCGAAGGUUGAACGGACUUGCAGAGUGCAACACCUAUAA